CCGGAUGUACGGUAAACGUCAGCUAGAACUAUAACAAACGAACAUGACGCUUGACAAACUGAUAUACUCUCUUCAGGUUUCUUUAACAUGACUUAUCAUGGUGCGUUUUGCAUUCCAGAGGCACAGUAAGGCGUUUUUUAUUCACGUUAAAGAAACAACCCUGUUUCCACUGGCUAACGGGAGCUCGCAUGAAGGGAACAGGGAUUUGUUUUUGUAUCUAAAGCGGAGCCGGAAGUAGGAGCUUCAUGGCAGUUGCGCUCUUGUUUAAGAGUUUGAAACAAGGCAAGUUCACAAAUGUGGACUUGUCUCUCUGUCGGGAAUGGGAGAUGAGCUCGGCUGCGUGAAUGUGGCCUCGAAAAACAUGCUUAGUUUUACCGCUUCCGACGGAGAGACCGGCGGUAAUGUGUCGGACGUGGCUGUGGAAGUUGGGACGCCAAGCUCUGAUUUUGGAGAGCAAGGCGAAGGAGAGACGAAGGAGCCAAGUGUGGCUGAUGUUCUGGACUUUCAGUACUACAAAAACGAAAGCAGGGAUAAAGACACGUGUAGAAAAACGUCACCGGUAGAAAUCCUAAGGAUAAAUUUCGGAAUAGCUAAAACAUCUGUAACUGCUGCUGACAGCAAUGUGGAAACCCCCAGAGAGCUGGACAAAGUCGACUCCAUGUUGGAGAACUUGGACCACAGAAGGUUGGCCAGGAACCGAAGGACACGAUGUAGCUCCUCUCUCAACGAGGGAGAAGAACGUACCUCAGAGUUCCCGGAUUUCUUAACAUCCUUGGAAUUAGAAGAUCCUGAACUUCCUGUUUCUGAAGAUACCGUUGAAUCCAGAAGUGCAGAUGAACGUCACCAAUCCAAAGAGCACGUCUACUGCACCGUCUACUGUAUAGCCAAUGAUAACUAUAGGAAAACUUCAGAAACCACACUGCCAUCAGAGCGUGGAAGUCCAUCACCUUCAGAUCUGUCUGUUUUACCUCCUACAGACUCCUCGAUUUCGGAUCCAGAUAUAGAACUCGAUCAUUUCCCAGAGCCGUACACGUUGAGCGACCUUGCAGACCCUCCAAUGUUGAGCAAUGUUCUCUACGUGAACAACAUAAUAUUACAGUGUCGCGUGUGUCUUGGUAUCAGAUCCAUCCGUUCCCUGCACUGUUGCAAAAAGCCGGUGUGUGAAGAGUGUAUGAAAACGUACAUCAGUUCUCAGGUUGUCUCAGGCCUUGCGGAGAUCGUGUGUCCGAUCCCAGAGUGCAGCGGGUACCUGGCGGAGAGCGUGGUGCUGGCCCACCUGGCCUCUGAGAAUGUGGCUAAGUAUAAGUACUUCCUGGAACUUGGCAGACUGGACUCGGGAACGAAGACGUGUCCGAAGUGUAGCUUGUUCACUUCGCUGAAGGGACGUGGCCAGCCGGUGCAAAGCAAAGACGAACCCAGGUACAAGAUCCAGUGCAGUAAGUGCGAGUUGGUGUGGUGUUUUAGAUGCCACGCGCCGUGGCAUGAGGGCUUGAAGUGCCGCGAGUACAGGAAGGGAGACAAGCUGCUGCGUAACUGGGCCAGCGUUAUCGAGCACGGCCAGAGGAACGCCCAGAAAUGCCCACACUGCAAGGUCCACAUCCAGAGGGUGGACGGCUGUGAUCACAUGACCUGCACACAAUGCCACACCAACUUCUGUUACCGCUGCGGCGAACAAUAUCGCCAGCUGCGCUUUUUCGGAGAUCACACCUCCAACCUGAGCGUGUUCGGCUGCAAGUAUCGCUACCUGCCUGAGAAACCGCAUCUGCGCCGCUUCAUCCGUGGAUCCGUGUGUGCGAGUAAAGUGCUGGUGGCGCCGGUGCUCAUUGUCCUGGUGGUGGUGAUCGGAGCCUUGGCUCUGGUUAUAGGUGUGGUCGCAUUCCCCAUUUACUACAUCUGUAAGAAGAAUAAACACCCCAACGGAAUUGGACGCUGGUUGUGCUGAGACUGCACUUCAUGUCAUACACACACACACACACACACACACACACACACACACACACACUACACGGUGAUAUGGAUGAUGGUUGAGUGAGCUCUCUGGUUUUGUUUUGUUUUCCUUUACCUCCAACACACCAAUCACUACUCCGUGGAGGAUUUUCUCAACACAACAGCGUAUGUAAGGAUUCAUCCAGUUUACACACCGUUACUGUAGAUGGAACUGAUGCUUCAUGUGAGAGUCGUCUGUUUUUAUCUUCAUUCUUUUUAGCGCAUAGAAUGCUUUUAUCGGGAUGUUUCGAGUGAUUAUUCAGGGAUUUGAUGGAGUCAAUAGGAAUUCAGUUCUCUCUAACACACGCACACACACACACCGUGACCAAGCCUGGAAUUUUGCACCAUCAACAAAAACCUGUGUGGGUGUGUGUGUUGGGAUGCUGAUCUGACUGACUGCCUGGGAGAUUAUCACCAUGCCGUUUGUGUCAGUCCGGAGGCCUUGUUCACACCUCACGCUAACAUGCAUUGUGUUUCUGGUUAUGCAUAUCCGAACUAGCCCCUGCUAUUACACCUGAUAUUUAUAUGCAUUCAGACGGUUGUGUUGUGAGCUGAUCUCAUUUCUCUCACACAGUGUAAAAACAAGGUAGCUUGGUUGAGUUUGGGAGUCUGUUAAAGCCGAGGUUAUACUCGCUUUUCAUUUGCCAGCAGGGGUGCCAAAAUUUACAGUUUAGCUGUAGCACCUUGGUACAGCAAUGCAGGGGAGAUCUGAAAGGUGCACUUUUUCUGCUUUUUCAGCUAAAGCGACCGUCAGGCCAAACGUGAAUACGAUUUGCCCGGCGUACGAGGCAGUCCACUGAAGGGGAAAAGGACGCAGGACAUUUGUCCUGACUUUAUAAAGCAAUGGAAAUUUGCAAAAUCGUAAUUUUGGGAAAUCAAAAACGAGAGGGCGGAGCUGUAGUCUCCGGUCAGUAAAAGCACAAGUACUGUUUAUCAUUUAUGCUGUUAGCAUAGAGCCAUCCCUUCCACCCGCACACACUGGUGGUGGUGUUGGGGUUUUUUUGGUAAGACUUUGGUUCUACCUGCCACGAUUGUUUUUGUAGCAUUUUAACAUGACGUUCUUGUGAUGCAGUUCCAACAUAAACAGCUGUAUCAUCAUCAGAAGCAACGUAAAAGCACACUUCUCAUCACAUUUGGUAGAUAAAGAAGCCAGUUUCUCAACAAAAAAAACAACAACAAACACACAGCUGUAGUCUACAUCAGCUGUAGACUGUAAAUAAAGGUGGGUAUAAAUAUAGACAUAGUUUUCAUGUUGUCAUAUUGAAUAUUUAUGUAUUUCUUAUUUUUACAUGUUCAAUGAAAUGACAGUGGUUAGCAUGUUUGCCUCGCACCUCCAGGGUUCGGGGUUCGAAUCCCGCGUCCGUCCUGUGUGCGCAGAGUUGUGUGCAUGUUCUCCCUCCCACACCAGUCCAAAGACAUACAUUGUAGAUUGAUCAUAAGAUUGUCCGUAGCGUAUGAAUGGGUGUGUGAAUCCGUGUGCAGUUGUGCUCUGCGAUGGGUUGGCUCCAGCUAGGGUGUCCCACACCUUGUGUCCUGAGUUCCCUGGGGUAGGCUCCAGGCUCCCCUGUGACCCUGUGUAGGAUAACGGUAUGGAAAAUGGAUGGACGAAAUGAAAUCAAUAUGGAUCAAUAUGAUGGUUGGCGUUGGCUUUUUUUUUUUUUUUUUUUUUGUAAAUAUCCAUGUCUGGGGCUCACACAUGAGGGACACCAAAAACUCGCCAACUCUAGUUCAUUCUGCAUGCACAUUUUUACAAUAAUCAUCAAAAACACAUGCUAAUAUGAAGUGUAAACAAGGCCUGAUGGACAUUCUUCCACUAUUAAAGCUGGGGUCCACACGGGAGAACAACUCCACCAUUUCUAUUUAUUCUCAGGUUCAUCCAGUAGACAUGAACCUCCAGUAUGUUUGAGCUUUGCACACGAUAUUCCAUAUCUGACCUUUGACACCAGUGAUGUCUACUUAAUCGUUAUGGAGGAGCGGCGAAUAUAUUUGCGAUGAAUAUCACAGAUUCCUAUCCAGUGUUGAAUAUUAUGCUCAGUGAAUAUAGGGGUGUUUAUGUUACAAAGGCACGGUGAUGAACGUGUGCCUCGUACCGGUUGAUCAGUAAGCAGCUCUCGGUGUUUCAGUGAUGACAAUCACACAUAUACAUAUACGACACAAUCAGGCUGGAGAGUUUGUGGCACUUUUAUUCUCAGGGAGUGCAUUUGGACUUUCACACACAACUCUUUCACUCCUGCAAUGCUGCGACUUGGUGUCUGUCAGAUCACAGUGUUGCGCUCGCGUCGAGAAUCAGAAAUGAGAAAAAGGUCACAGUGUCAUGAGUCACAAGUCCAUGAACAGUCAUUCGAGACCUGCUGUUGCACUCUGCUGUGAGCCAAAGGCCCAGACUGGGCCGGUUUCAGUGGUAUUACUGAUGUAUUUCUGAUGUAUCUUUUAUCCUCUUGUGCCUUUUAAUAUGCUGUAAAUGGGAUUGUAUUAGAGGGAUUUUUUUUUUAUUUAAACUUAUUCGAAUUUCGCAUAUGAGUGAUAAGUGCAUGCACACUUUCCAGAUGACCCUGUGGUACAUGUAUGAGACCACCGCACAAUCUUCUUUUUUUAUGAUUAUGAAUUUUGGUAUGAAUACAUCUUAUAUGUACCCGUACAUCUCCAAACCCCCCCCCCCCCCCCCCCCCGGUUUUGUUUUGUACCUCCCCCAAAUCCUCUUACAAUGCUUAAUCUUGUAUGCUGCUGCACUUUAUCUUCAGAGUCUGUCAUGUUAGUCCACUUUGGCAGGCAGUGGUUUCUAUGUGGAAAUAAAUGGACCAGCCAAGAUUUGUUUAUUAAUCAUGAGGACGUGUUGAGAGGAACCCGACUGUCUGGAUUUGGCCUUAAUGCUAAUAAUAAUAAUAAUAAUAAUAAUAAUAAUAAUAAUAAAAGAUCACAAUACAACCAA